AAAGACCAUAGGUUCUUGGACACAAGCAAGAUCAAGCAGUCGACAUGGAACCGUCUUCACAACCUCAGCCUGCAACGGGUGAUGUCGUUGCUGGUGGAUCACAAGUGUAUCCUGCCUCAUCCUAUCCGCCUGCAGCAACAAUAGCCGUAGCUCCUGGUAACAUUCCUGCCGGUUCACAGCCAGCACCACCAUUCCCUGCCAAUUCAGCCCAGCUCAAUGCUCAAAACCAGCUUAUCUACGAGCAAGCGCAGCAAUUUCACCAGCAGCUCCAGCAGCAGCAGCAGAGGCAGCUGCAGCAGUUCUGGGCCGAACGACUGUCGGAGGUUGAUCAGGCCACCGACUUCAAGAACCACACCUUGCCGCUCGCCAGGAUAAAGAAGAUCAUGAAGGCCGACGAGGACGUCCGCAUGAUCUCAGCCGAGGCCCCAGUGGUCUUUGCAAAAGCAUGCGAGAUAUUCAUACUGGAGUUGACACUGAGGUCGUGGAUGCACACUGAGGAGAACAAGCGCCGGACCUUGCAGAAGAAUGACAUUGCCGCCGCCAUCACCAGGACCGAUGUCUACGACUUCCUGGUGGACAUAAUCCCCAGGGAUGAGAUGAGGGAGGAGGGAGUUGGGCUUCCUAGGGCCGGGCAGCUGCCGCUCUUGGGGGCUCCAGCUGACGCGUCGUACCCCUACUACUAUCCGCAGCAGGUGCCAGGUGCGGUGAUGGGGUACGGUGGCCACCAGGGCCAUCUGCCGUAUGUGUGGCAAGAUCCUCAGGAGCAGCAACAGCAGCAGGGGCAUCCUGGGGAGCAGCAGCAAUCUGAAAGCGGCUGACAGCAUUGUGGGCAACCACCAGAUUCAGUAUCCUCAGCUUAGCCAGGACAUCCAAAGUUCCAAACUAAUUUUCAGGUUUCGCAAUAGAUUAUAUGAUGGUUUCUUUUGUCUGUCGAUACGGGAGAGAUUUACUAGUUCAUGGAAUUUUGUUUGUUGUGGUGGUGUCGUUACAAAAUGGUUAUAUGAUUAGAGACUAAUUUGUUGAAAUUUUACCAUAGCGUGUCCGUUCCGUUAUUCGAAACUAAAAUAGCUGGCAUAUGGUCUU